AUGAAGACGAGCGGCGAGGCCCAGAGUGUGCUGCGGCUCGACCCGAACGCCGAGGAGGUGGUGGAAGGGAGGAGGUGGAGGCCGGGCCGGGAGGUGAGGGUCGGGAGGAGGUGGUGGAAGGGAGGAGGUGAGGGUCGGGAGGAGGUGAGGGUCAGGAGGAGGUGGUGGAAGGGAGGAGGUGAGGGUCGGGAGGAGGUGAGGGUCAGGAGGAGGUGGUGGAAGGGAGGAGGGUCGGGAGGAGGUGAUGGUCGGGAGGAGGUGGGGUCGGGAGGAGGUGAGGGUCGGGAGGAGGUGAGGGUCGGGAGGAGGUGGAGGGGGGGAGGUGAGGGUCGGGAGGAGGUGAGGGUCAGGAGGAGGUGGUGGAAGGGAGGAGGUGAGGGUCGGGAGGAGGUGAGGGUCAGGAGGAGGUGGUGGAAGGGAGGAGGUGAGGGUCGGGAGGAGGUGGAGGUCGGGAGGAGGAGGAGGUGGUGGAAGGGAGGAGGUGAGGGUCGGGAGGAGGUGAGGGUCAGGAGGAGGUGGUGGAAGGGAGGAGGUGGAGGCCGGGAGGAGGUGAGGGUCGGGAGGAGGUGGUGGAAGGGAGGAGGUGAGGGUCGGGAGGAGGUGAGGGUCAGGAGGAGGUGGUGGAAGGGAGGAGGUGAGGGUCGGGAGGAGGUGAGGGUCAGGAGGAGGUGGUGGAAGGGAGGAGGUGAGGGUCGGGAGGAGGUGGAGGUCGGGAGGAGGUGA